GUCGUCAUCAUUUCCCACAUUUCAUCGGCCGUUGAUCAUCCGUGUUUGGAUUGUGAGAGUGUGUAAACAAAAGUGGCGACUUCCAAGUUCCUUUCCGUUUCUAGCCGUAUAGCGGCCACUCUUUUCAGAAGAAAUUAUACUUAUUAUGGUUUACGCCAUACGGUGUCUCUGGUCACACACAAAGCAGCAACCAGACAGUGCAAGCGGAGACUGGAAGAAUUUUACAGGAACUGAAGAGGGCUCACCUUCUGUAGCAGAGGAUUCCACAAGGAACAGGAGAGUUUUUGUUGGUAACCUCGCGUAUCGUACAACACUAGAUGAUUUAAUUCAACACUUGGGUAGUGUGGGGAAGAUCGCUACUUCCCAAAUACUUACCAACAACUUGGGACGCUCAGUGGGAGGUGCUAUCGUCGAGUUUGAUUCGGAAGAAGCUGCAAAACGAGCAAUAGAAACCUUGAAUGACAGUGAAUUAGAUGGCAGAAAAAUAAUUAUUCGUGAGGAUAGAGAAGACUUUUCUUUGCAUGACCCACGGAGAAAGAUGAAGCAAGGCGAUCCCAGAGCUCUUCAAAACAGACGUAUCGUUGUUUGGAACCUGCCUUCUCACGUUAGAUGGCAAGAGUUGAAGGAUUUGUUCAAAGAAUCUGGAAACAUUCUAUGGACAGAAGUAAGAAAUGUACGUGCGAGAGAUGGUGGUGAAACAGUGAUGGGCACGGUUCUUUUUGAAUCCGAAGAGGAUGCCAGGAGAGCUGUUGAGAGGAUGAGAGGAAAGAACUUUUUAGGCCGCAUCAUCGAUUGCCGAUUUGAUAGCCUUCGUUAAAUAGGUAGAAAUAUAAAAGAUUGCUUUUCCUGUUUGUUGUUGUAA